AUGUCCAGCUGGGUGAUCAGGGCUACGAAAAGAACAGACAAUGAAGUGGUUCCAGGAUCAUCUAGAUACGUGGCGACCGAAUUGGAUUACCAGCUUACUGAAACAGCGUUUCAGAUUGGUGAGCAUUAUGGGGAAUUGUAUCACCAGCUUGAUCGACUUGGUUCGAUGACAAGGGAUAUAUUGAAUGGCACCUUCCAUUUGGAAGACGGUGAUGCCACAGCUAAGCAAAUGAAUGAAACUGGAAAGCAAAGUAAACGAUUGAAGAAGGUCCCUCGAGAUGAGCUGGAAACACUGAACCUACCGCGUACAGGGCCUAUCCUUGAAAAGCCUAUCCUUGAAAAGCCAAUACUUGAAAAGCCAAUCCUUAAAAAGCCUAUACUUGAAAAGCCAAUCCUUGAAAAACCUAUACUUGAAAAGCCAAUCCUUGAAAAACCUAUACUACCGCAUGCGGAGCCUAUUCUACCACUUUGUGAAAGUAUUCCUGAGAAAGUACUUCCGUUUGUUACACCAAAAACUCCAGCCAAAGUGCUGAUCAAUCUAGAUAACUCCUUCGAGGCUAUAAGUACUGCAAUUCGGAAGAGCACUGCGCUCAGAAAUCGACUCGCUGUGAACCCCGAAGUGAUAGCCAAGACACCCAAUACGCGCAGUUCGAUUUUUGUUUCCUUCCCGCAUAGAGAAUCAUUACUUUCAAGGCAUAGCAAAGUCGCGUCAGAUAUUCAUGGGUCAGGAAACAAAGCGUUUCCUUCAUCAAAAGACGAAAGUAGUACUGAUUUAGAUCGAAAUGUUGACGUUGACCUAUCUUAUAAAGAGCAAGUUAGCAUUCAAUCGAGUCCUGAAAAGCUACAACUAUUCACUAGUAAUGCUCCGUCGAGAAAUAUCACCACCGAUUUGCAGCCCACGAUAACUGCGUGGGAGAAAAUAAUAACGUUGAGAUCCUUAUCUCCAAAGCGACUGACAUUGCUGCCAAAAAGGUCUCCUAUAAGGCUGUCUCGAUCACGUAGCCGAUCUCCCAUAAGAAUCAAGGAUAGUCCGUUGAAAUCGCCUCAUAAUCAGAGCUUAUACAGAACUAAAUCAGAAGCAAUACUUGAAAGAUUGACAUCUCCAACUGCAUCCACGGCGGCAAAGAGUGUAAAGAAAGUUGAGAAGAAGAUCCAGGGAAACCGAUUCCUAACUACAUCGCUUCAACGGAAAAGGGACGACGACUCUAGGGCCAACUAUCAACGGCUAGCCGAACCAGUUGUACCUAAGCACAAGUAUCCGCUUCCGAAUAGCACAAAGAAGUCAAUGAUGGAAAAGAGAAGCGAGGCUGCAGCAUUGAAACAGAGGCAGAAGAUAGUAGUAAAAGUUAGGGAGGCUAGUCAGGUACGAGGAAGGUCUCUCCCUGUAACACAUACUCCACAAAAAGUGACUCCAGAGCACCUACCUUUUAUUCCAUCGGACGAUGAUAAAGAUGGGUACAGUAGAGUUGUUAAGCCAUGGGGAAACUCUCCUGAGAUUCGGAAACUUGUUGACGCAGGAAACAAUGCAGAUCCAUCAAAGAUUUUUCCUUCACGACCAGGAGUCGAUUUGUCUAAGGUGUUUAAUAAAACGUAUAAACAAUCACCUAUGCAAGAAAGGUGA